UGCUCAACGCCAUUUUGUCAUUUGAUUUGAUGAUCAUUGACUGUGUUUGCUGCAAUUUUUAUAUUCCAUCCAGAACUUGAUUACAAUUUACUUAUAAUCUUAGCAUAAACAACAAUACUAGAAAUGGCGGAAGAUUUCGACGUAGAAGCUAUGCUUGAAGCACCCUACAAAAAAGACACUAAUGAGGUUAAAAUCAGUCUUACGUCCAACGACUCGUGUUCCAUGCAGGGUUGCCGAGGACUCACUAGAUCCCGCUUGGUUCAUCACACACGCCCGACAACACAAAAUAUUAGGGCUCACUUGAAACCCUAAAUAAAAAGUGAGACGAGGUGGAUUAUACAAAAUAAGUUUUGAUUGAUUGAACUGGAUCAAGUAUACCCAGCACGUUCCUUACUUAGUCAGGACGACGGUAAGUCUAGUCCCGACUAGACAUCGCGUGAUUCCCAACAAAAAUUAAAAACCAGCCUCACCUUUCUAUUUCGCUCUCUCUAAUCAAAUUUAUUUUGUUUUGCUGUUGUUUGCAGUUAAUUAUCGCAACACAACACGUCUGUUUAGUGUUGGGGUUUUUAACUGGGGUCGAAAUGUACUUCAGCUAAGUCAUGAGCUUGUUUUCGACGAGUCUUGGAUAUGUCGAAGGAUGAACUAAAUGGGAAAUCCACUUCGCAUAAGGAAAAUGGAGACUCUCACAAACAUCGCUCCUCCGAGAAGUCCGGUCGCAGAAGUAGAAGUCGCUCCAAGGAGAAGAAACGGAGUAAAUCGCGAGACAGGAAAAGGAGCAGGGAUAAGGAUAGACGGAGGAGCAAGAGCCGCGACAGGAAACGGUCAAGAGACCGUAAGAGAAGCAAAUCGCGCGAUAAACGUUCCAAGUCUAGAGAAACCAGAAGAAAUAGACGCGGUAGCAGAGAUAAGCGUAGAUCACGCACGCCACCAUCAAGGAAACGCUCUCCAUCACCACCUUCCGUCAAAUUACCUUUCCCGAAAAAAGCUAGAUCUCCUAUUGGUUUAGGUUAUAAUCGAAGUGGUUCGCCUGGGGAGGAGCUUAGUCCAGAAGAAAGAGAUGCCAGAACUGUGUUUGUAAUGCAAUUAAGUCAACGGAUACGCAAUAGAGACCUCGAAGAUUUCUUCAGUUCUGUGGGCAAAGUAAGGGACGUAAGGAUGAUCACAUGUAACAAAACGAGAAGAUUUAAAGGCAUCGCGUAUAUUGAAUUUAAAGAUCCAGAGAGCGUUGCUUUAGCUUUAGGUUUAUCUGGGCAAAAGUUACUUGGUGUUCCAAUAAUUGUUCAACAUACGCAAGCCGAAAAGAAUCGCAUGGGCAAUGCUAUGCCCAAUUUAAUGCCGAAAGGUAUGACUGGUCCGAUGAGACUAUAUGUUGGAUCGCUUCAUUUUAAUAUUACCGAAGAAAUGCUCAGAGGAAUUUUCGAACCAUUCGGUAAAAUUGACAAUAUUCAAUUAAUUAUGGACCCCGAAACGGGUCGUUCUAAGGGAUAUGGAUUUAUUACAUUCCACAAUUGUGAUGAUGCUAAAAAGGCUUUAGAACAAUUAAAUGGAUUUGAGUUGGCCGGUAGACCAAUGAAAGUCGGAAAUGUUACAGAAAGGUUGGAUUUACAACAGCAAGGUCCAUCACUAUUGGAUUCAGAUGAAUUGGAUAGAUCCGGUAUAGAUUUAGGGGCGACUGGUCGUCUUCAACUUAUGUUCAAGUUAGCUGAAGGCGCAGGCAUGCAGAUUCCCGCACCAGCUGCUAAUGCUCUUAGUAUGGCAACAGGACAGCCAGUGGUUCCUCAAGUUCAAUCGACAACUACACCUCCAAUUGCAACCCAAUGUUUUAUGUUGAGUAAUAUGUUUGACCCAUCAAGUGAAUCAAAUCCGAAUUGGGAUAUUGAAAUUCGCGACGAUGUAAUAGAAGAAUGCAACAAACACGGCGGUGUUUUGCAUGUUUACGUUGAUAAAGGAUCGCCUCAAGGUAAUGUUUAUGUAAAAUGUCCUUCGAUCGCAACGGCUGUUGGAUCAGUAAAUACGUUACAUGGUCGAUGGUUUGCUGGCCGAGUAAUUACAGCCGCUUACGUUCCUUUAAUCAAUUAUCAUUCUUUAUUCCCUGAUGCGAUGUCUACUACUCAAUUACUUUUACCUACGCGUAAAUAAUAUAAAAGAAACCGGUGAAUUUUUGAUUUCAUAUUGUCUUCAUAAUUUAAUUCUUUAUUUUUGUUGUAAAAAGUAAAAUUACAUAUUUUUUCCUUUAUAUUAUCAUUUUACAUUACUCUCUAAGUCAAACUAAUAUACAUCUACAA